CCGCGUUCCCCUCACAGUGAACGCGCACGACAGCGCGUAGACCGUCUCCCUCCCUGCUGUUGGUUAUCAGUGUAAAGAAAUGGCUGCUCUAAGCAAAAUACCGCACAACUGCUACGAGAUUGGUCAUACCUGGAACCCGUCGUGUGUGCAGUCUGCUUUGGAUAUAACCAGGGGUGCUCUGGAGGUCUCCUUCAAAAUAUACGUCCCUCUUUACUUGAUAGCAGCAGUUCUAAGGAGAAGAAAGAAGGAUUACUAUUUAAAAAGGCUUCUCCCUGAGAUCCUAUGGUCUACCUCUUUCCUCACUGCCAAUGGAAGUCUCUACAUUGUUUUCUUCUGCAUUCUCAGGAAACUAUUGGGAGGGUUCUACUCCUGGUCUGCUGGGUUUGGCGCGGCACUGCCUGCCUCCUACAUUGCCAUCCUCCUGGAGCGCAAGAGCAGGAGAGGGCUACUGACAAUAUACAUGACAAAUCUUGCCAUUGAGACUUUGUUCCGCAUGGCAGUGACACGAGGCAUCAUCAAACCCAUCGGACAUGGCGAGGUGCUCUUGUUCUGCAUAACUGCAUCACUCUACAUGUUCUUCUUCAGGAGUAAAGAUGGUCUCAAAGGCUUUGCAUUCUCUGCAUUAAAGUUCAUCAUUGGGAAAGAAGAGAUUCCAACUCACUCUGUCACAUCAGAACACAUCUGCACAAGGCCCAUUGAGAGGACAGCUGCUGUAGAGACGCAGGAUUUACAGGUGUCAGCAGACAGGACCAGCUCCAGGAGGAAAACUCUGGUAACUGCUGUCAGGGAACUGCUAGAAUCAAUAUGCAAAAAGGGUCCAAGACACAGAUGUUGUAAACAUUACCAAGACAACUGCAUUGCCUACUGUGUUAAAGGUUUUGUCAGGAUGUUCAGUGUUGGCUACCUGAUUCAGUGUUGUCUUAAAGUGCCCUCAGCAUUCAGGCAGAUGUUCUCUAAACCCUCACGUCUCCCCUCCGUCUUCUACAACAAAGACAACUUCCAGCUAGGGGCCUUUCUAGGAUCUUUUGUCAGUAUCUACAAGGGAACAAGCUGCUUGUUGCGCUGGCUGCGUAACAUUGAUGAUGAACUCCAUGCACUGAUAGCCGGCUUCCUGGCUGGUACCUCAAUGUUCUUCUACAAAAGCACGACAAUAUCCAUGUAUCUCUUCACUAAGCUGGUGGAGACCAUGUACUUCAAGGGCAUUGAGGCCGGACAGUUCCCUUACUUUCCUCAUGCAGACACGGUCCUAUAUGCCAUCUCCACGGCUAUCUGUUUCCAAGCUGCUGUGAUGGAAGUGCAGAACCUCAGGCCUACAUACUGGAAGUUCCUGCUGCGGUUAACUAAGGGCAGGUUUACUCUGAUGAACCGACAGUUGCUCGAUGUAUUUGGGACUCACGCCUCCAGGGACUUUAAAGGCUUUGUGCCCAAACUGGACCCUCGUUUCACCACAGUGCUUCCACCAGGAGCCGACAUCCAACUGGGAUGACUUGGGAUCAGGCUCUGGGAGGGGCUUUAGGUUACCUUAACAGGAGAUGGACAGUUUGGCUGUUGUUUCUGAGUAACUUAAGGAUUUUUUUUAAAGGUGUUAUAAAAACCUCAGAAGUGGUGAUGUCGUGUUAUGGAAUGGGAUAUGCUGUGGAGGAUGUAAAAGCCCAAGGUCUGCCCAAAGCAGGGUGUCAUGAGUGUCAAGUGCAGUGUUGCACAAGCACAUUUACUGACUGGGAUUAUAUACAGGUAACUGGUAAAAUAAAUGAAAUGCAGAAUUUUGUUUAAAUUGAUGAGUAUAUUAAAAGAAAUAUAUUUUUUAAGUCCUAAUGAAACAAUAGUACAAGACAAAUAAUGGCUUUCUUUUAAUAAGAAACCCACCUGAGUGAUUUUUAUUUAGAUUUUGUCAAGUUGUCAAUUUGCAUUUGGCAGGAUGACAUUAACCUGUUCUACAAGGGAUGGAUGGUAGUAGUAUGGUAGAUAUCCUUAUAGAGUCAGUUCCCCCAAAUCACAAAUAAACUCAAAAAUUGGUUUACUGGAAAAUAAAAAUUAUUUCACUUCGGAUGCAACAACGUUCUUUUUAUCCUUUUAAUCAUAAUGUUUAUUCAUUUUGCAAGUUACCUGUAGGUUUGUACUGAAUGAACUCAGUUUGGUUUUUUGGAUGGCUGCUUUCACAUCAGAGAAACUCACUAAUUCAUCUUUUUGGAAUAGGCACAGUGAUUCCAUGAUUUUGACUCAGAUUUAAGAGGGGAAUGAGUUUGAAAUUAUUACUCCCCGCUGUGUACUUUUUCAAGACAAUGGAUGAAACUUAUGAUAUAUUAUGUAGCCUUAUCAAAUAUUUUAUUCUGUAGUAGACAAUGGGCGAUGUAUUUUGAUUGUGUUCUAUGAUGUACAAAUAUGUAAAACACAAGUGGAAAGUCACCAUUGUUAACCAGUUACUUAAGGUGAUUUGUUUUUCAUAACUUCAUUGAUUUUUAAAUGUAAUUAAGUAUUUUUUUUCCCAAAUCUCUUCCCGUUUUAGUGUUGUUGUGUUUUUUUAACACUUGACAGUAAUGCAAUUGCAAUGGAGUGGGUCACCUUUAUAGAUCCUUAAUGGGGUAAAAGAAAGCAUCUAGGACCAUGCCAAAUUUGGAAGUUAAUUUUGUGUGCAAGAUGGUGAAGGGUGAACAAAAUUGUUUGGUAAUCUAUCAGUUUACAAGACUCUAAUUUACUGUUAUUACAACUCAUUAAGUGGGAAAAAUACCAACAAUUUCACAUUGAAGACAUUGACAGUUAAUACAGCUAAGGAAACAUGUAGUAAAUCCAUUGUUUGCUAGUGAACUGUAUUGAGACUACUAUGUUUACUUUCACACACGAAACCAGGUCAUUCAUAUAGUGUAAGUGUCUUAAAAAGUUAAUGUACAAGAAACAUAUAGUCAUAUAUCAUGCUACAGCUUGAAGAGAUGAUUUGGUCAGAGGUUGAUGGUGCAGUGAGAGCUUGGGAGAGUUAAUCCAUACUGUGUGCAUAUGUCUGAAUUUUACUAAUGACCUGCUUUUAACUGUGCAAACUAACAUGGACCUACAGCGGCAAGUAAUGAUCUUUCCAUUACUCCCACUGCCCUGCUGUCACAAUGAUACUUUUCCAGUCCUCAAGGUUUGGCACAUGGUUGCAAUCAGAAACUUGGUGUCUCUUCCACCUCUGGUUUACACCCUCUAUUUAAUGCAGAAGCUUUAGCUACAGCACUGUACAACACGAUCCAUAUAAUUCAAAGUCUGAAUAAUUUGAAAAUGGUCUUUAAAAUUAAUGUUCUGAUCCACAAAAUAUAUUGUCUGCACAAAUUUUAAAAAGUAGUUACUACAGUCAACUAGAUCAAUCCAUUUGAUUCUGUGGAGGUAUUUGGGUUAGAAAUGACUUGACAAUACAGGCCAAACACAGCUCGAAUUAAAUAUGUGGUUGUGGUUCACAUGAGCUUUAAAAAAAAAACCCAGUGUUGGCUGUAAGCAUUUUAAUUAAUACUUACUGUCAGUUCCAAGGGGAACCCUAUCGCUUAAAAUCCACAUGGAUUGAAAGAUUGUUUACUGAAGAAUUUGGUGCCACAUUGAAGCGUUUGCCUGAGGGUAACAAGGAAUGUGUUUUUGUGAAUAAAAAGCACACAGCUCA